AUUGAUAUGGCCUAUAAAGCUGUGGAAUCCCUGCAACAAACCUUACGCAUAAUCCUUCUACGCGAUGACGAUGAUCUCAUCACUCCUCCUGUUAAACAACAGAUUGUAUCAAUCCACGACAAAGCAGUUGUAUUGCAGUUUAAUCUCAGACGAUUUCCAGAUAAAGAAACAAUAAGGGAGGUAGCAAUUGCAUCUGAAGAUAUUAUUCAAUAUCUUUUCUCCCCACAAUAUCUAUCAAAUUGUAGAUCCAUACAUCAAAGUGGCAGACAACUUCCAUAUCAGUUGGAGAAUUUGGCUAAGAAGCUGGAGUCAACUGUUGGAUAUGUGAUUGACUGCUGCAACAGCAACGACGUGGCUGAUUCUGAUCUUACUGUUAGUUCAUCAUCAAGAUCAGCACACAAGAGUCAAGUUGAAGAUUUGACGGUUGCAACGGAGCUGAUUGUCAGAAAUUCAAACUGGCUUAGGAGGUUAUGGGGAAGAAUAAAGUCAGCUGCUAGAGCAUCAUUAGUAGAUGAAAAGCCGAGUGAUUCUCCAUCAUUACAUCCACCAGCAAUUACUACAAAGAAAGAUGUUGUGGUUGGUUUUGAUGAAGAUAUGAUACAGAUGAGGUCCCAGCUCAUUAGUCAUGACAAUCUCCGGCUCAUUGGUCAUGACAAUCUAAAAGUCCUUCCUAUUGUUGGAAUGGCAGGAAUUGGUAAGUCUGCACUUGCUAAAUAUAUUUAUGAUGAUCCAUCUAUCGCAUUCCAUUUUGAUAUUCGAGCUUGGGUCACAAUAUCACAAGAUUAUAGUAUAGCAAGUAUUCUCUCAAAAAUAUUAGCUUCACUCAAAGAUGAAGUAGAUCAACUCGAAGAUUAUAGUAAAGCAAGUAUUCUCUCAAAAAUACUAGCUUCGCUCAAAGAUGAAGUAGAUCAUAUUGGGAGGGAUUCAUUCAAAGGACACGACGUAGAGAGGCUUAAACUUAACAAACUCUUGUCAGGAAGGAGGUAUCUCAUAGUAAUGGACGAUAUGUGGAGUGCAGAAGCUUGGAGGUUCGUACAGAGGCUAUUUCCUAAUUAUCAUAAUGGAAGCCGGAUCAUAUUAACCACAAGGCUAAUGGAUCUGGCAAUUUAUUAUGCCAAUUUUUGUAACACUUUCCCUGUUCAUACAAUGCGUUUCUUGGAUGACGAACAAAGUUGGCGUUUGUUCAAUCACAAGGUUUUCGGAAACCAAGAUUGUCCACUUGAUUUACGCAGUGUUGGGGAGAAGAUUGUAAAAGGACGUGGAGGAUUGCCCCUCUCAAUUGUUACUGUGGCAGGACUUUUAUCGAGGAUUCCUAGAACUCCAAAGUUGUGGCAACAAAUUGAAGUAAAUGAUGGGCAGUUGGGAUCAAUAUUAUCUUUAAGUUACAACCACUUGCCUCCACACUUGAGGAAGUGUUUCUUGUAUAUGGCAGCCUUCCCUCAAGAUUAUGACAUCCAUGCCUCUGAACUCAUCAAACUUUGGUUAGCCGAGGGCUUUUUGGAAUGUCGAAAUGAUACUAAAAGCAUAGAAGUGGUGGCUGAAGAGUGCUUGGAGGAUCUGAUCAAGCAAAGCCUAGUUUUGGUCACUAGCUGGAAAAUUAAUGGAAAAACCAAAAGUUUUAGGCUGCAUAGUGUGGUGCGGGACUUUUGUGUGAGACAGGCCGGGGAAGAGAAGUUCCUUCUUCCUGUUAUGGACUACCUCCCUACUCCUAUCUUAAGAAAACAUUUUCUUCCACAAGUCCUCCAAAAUCAUCCUCGCAUAAGUGUUAGUUGGCAUGAUUUAUAUCUUAGAGACUCUAUGCAUAGCUCAUGUACCACUUCUAUCAUAUGCAUCCCACAUAGAGGGUAUAGGCCCAUAUGCUCUGUACAAAACUUUAUUUCACUUAGGGUCCUUCAUGUUUUACGUAGAAAUGAUCGUUCAUAUUGGGAACUAGGUCAAGUUUUUGAAUUGAUUUAUCUUACUUACCUUGCUUCCUACAUUCCUGAUAGUAUUGUCCCUCCAAUCAUAGCUAAGCUUCAGAAUCUGCAGACUUUAAUUAUUUAUAGAUUUGAGGUUCGUUUGCCUGUGGAGAUUUGGAGUCUGAGGCAUUUGAGACAUCUUAUCGCCUUCUCGUUUCAUCCUUUACCACUUCCCAAAGGAGCAACUCUUUGUCUGAAAAACUUACAAAUGUUGUCUACGGCAACAAACUUUGUAUGUAGUGAAAGGAUGGUGGAUAUGAUCCCAAACAUAAAAAAGUUGGGGAUAUGCUACUCUGAAGUGAACUUUGAUGCAAGCUAUCAUCUUGACAACCUCAUACAUUUGCUUCAACUUGAGAAGUUGAAAUUGAAGAUGCAUGAUUCAUCUAUGCAACAUAGUUCAUUUGUGCCGCAUCCCUACAGUCUUAGUUUUCCUUUAUCGUUGAAAAAGUUAGAAUUGAGAGGCAGGUGGGUUUCUUGGAAUGAUAUGACGAUUGUUGGUUCGUUGCCAAAUCUUCAAGUGUUGAAACUAAAGAACUAUGCUUGCUAUGGGGAACACUGGGGAACCAUUCAGGGGGACUUUCGUAAUUUGAAACAUUUGCUCAUUGAUGAAUCAAAUCUGAAGUGUUGGACAACUGAUAGCAGCCACUUUCCAAGGCUCCAGAGCCUAACUCUUCAUUGUUGUCCGUACUUGGAUGAGAUUCCAGCUAAUAUUGGAGAGAUUCCAACACUUCAACUGAUUGAGAUCGACGUUCAUAACCAAUCACUUUUGUAUUCUGCAAAAAAAAUACAAGAGAAACAACUGCAAAAUUGGGGAAAAGAUAACCUAAAAGUUGUUGUGAAGCAUUCUUAAUCCUCUUUCAAACUUGACUAUGUGCUUCAUAACAGAUGCAGAGCUUUGAUGAGGAGCUUAUCAGAUAUUCUACUGGUGAAAGAGGCAGAAGUAAAGGUGCAGUGGCUGGUGAUGUUUGUUGAAGUAUGAAUCGUUGAUUUUGAAUAUUAAAUAUUGUGUUAGUAUUAUGUUUUUCUCAUAGUUCAAAAGUGUUCGUUUGGAUUCACAUUCUUGUUUACAUUGUUUUACUGUACAUGUCAGGGAAGA